AUGGCGGCCACGAUGUUGAGGUCGCUCACUAAGCUAGGACGUCCUUCAACUAAAUUAGUAUUAAGCAAUAAUUCACUGAGCCCCAGCUGCACUGUUCUGCAAAACAGGUAAGAUACCGAAGAGGCCAAAUAUGACGUACUGUGUUGCAAAUGAGGUGAAGCUUGAACGAAGAAGCUUGAACUCAGGUUAGCUAAAUGCUAAAAAAGCCGACUGCUGGAGGUGAUCUUGAUACCGUCUCAGACAGAGGGGGUAUUUUUCCUUUAAGGUGAACUGUUGGAGCAGAUGUAUGACAUUUGCAGGGAUUGCAAUCUUAUAAGCCGUUAUACGAGAUAUUUUAGCUUUCUUGCAGCUAACUUAUAUGUUAAAGCUGUGAUUGAAGCUCUCUGGUCAGCCUCCCUGUUUCAACGUUUAUGACUGUUUCUGCAUUUUAUCAGGUCAAAGUGACCCAAAUAAUCAUAUAAUUAUGUUUAUAUCUAUAUAACAGUUUCUAUUAAGAGUGUUAGGAACCUAAUCUACGUCCAUAUAGAGGACAUAUUUGAGUCUGUUUACAUCUAUGUGGGUUAAUUUAGGUGACACAGAUUACAGAGGACGAGGCUGUAUUCAGCAAAUGAUUCCCAGAGUCCACCUCAACUGUUACGGGGAAAAGUUCUGGAUAUAAGGUCCUAAUUCAAAACCCUGAAUACAUGGGCUUCUCUAGUCUGCAAUGGUAAAUCCACAAGAUGCCCCAGAGCAUAAUUUUAGAAUUAUAAGAUCUUUGGUCCACCUGUGAUUAGAGCUGGGCGAUAUGAGAAAAGGUUUAUCAUGAUAUAUUUGUUUCAUAUCAGUCGAUAUUGAUAUAUAUCACGAUAUAAAAAAUGAAAUUUCCCAGUGCUUAUUGGUAGCAUGUCUUUUGCAAAACAAUAAGCUACUGCAUCUGUGAGGUCUUUUUGUCUCCAAGAUGUUCUGUCUUAAGGUAUUGCACUAGACAAAGUGGACUGAAUAGUUGACCAUUUCGGCUGCACAGGUGUCAUGGGGUGCUUGCUCCGCUUGGGGCAUGUAACCUUUUGCAUUGUGCAUUCUCUGCUGCGUGGCACUGCUUCAGGUGGUGAGAAAGAUAAGAGGUAUUCCCCGACUUUGCGAGACCAUGAACUCGACAUAAUUUGCAGUGCACAUUACUCUGCUUCAAGUCUGACCUCAAAAUACCUUCGCACCACCGAUGUUUUUCGUGCCAGUGUUGUGGAAGAUGUCAUCAUUUGUUGAGCCUUCAUCUGCAUUUCUGCCCGGGGUAGCACUCAUUUUCUUUUUUUCUCAUUGACAAUGUUGUCAGCUUCACCUGUUAAAGCGCUAUGGUUGCGUGUAGCUGCAGCCUACUACUACGUAGUUGUUUGGUUCAGCAUGGAGCAACUCCCCUUUUCAUUGUCUACCAAAACAUGGCAGAAUGCUGACUAUGCUUUAAACUAGAGGAUACUGGACCUCAGAAAUGAGGCUUUCUUUUGUCUGGACUGCAUUGAACCAUCCUGAUCCAGAUCCAAGACCACAAUGCCCAAACUUCUUAGAUCUAGACUAUAUAAUUCUCAAAAGGUUUCAGACUCUGACAGACUCUUUCAACUCAGUUUCAGAUGUAGUAAGCCUUUACAGUAAAAAUACAGGAAAGAACAAUUUACUGGAAGUUUUUUUAAGUAGCUGACAUUGGACCGGGUCCUGGUCCAAAACUCCAAUGUAGUCCAAGGGGGUCUUGACAGAAGAAUUACCCCAAAAUAGCCCCUAACAAACACAGUGAAUGGGGCCAGUUACCAAGAUUCUGUAGGUUCUCCAGAACUAUCAAAGCAGGAUCAUAGAAGUCCCAGACUGGGGCUUCUAGUCAGGACCAAGUACAAGGUGAUCUUGAGAUUUAAAAGAUGAAAUGUCACUUAUCUUCAAUAAAACAAAUGACUGUUUUACAAACCUGAGUGUGUUUUUAAAAGACCGUAUUGUUGCUCUGAAACAGUGAAGGUCAGCAAUGAUGGUUCUGGAUCAGGGACUGGGUCAAUACAGGGGACAAAGCAUGCCUUGUCUUGCAUUUUCACAAGUAGUGAAAUGAUCUGAAACUGUGUUUCAAAGAGACUGUAUUCUCUCUUGGAUAAUCUAUGCUAAAACUGAGAAGGUUACGUGUUGUAAUUCUGAAUCAGGACUUGGUUUUACUGGUCUAGACAAAAAAAAAGAGCAAUGAAAGUGUCUCUUCUCUCAUAGAUGAUCUACUCUAGGUGUAGUGGUUUUGGGUCAGUGCCUUAUUCCCAUAACUUUCCCCAUUGUUAGGAUAUUACACUGACUUCUGUUCUUGACCAUAUUCUGAUAAGUCAAUGUCAGGACUUCCAAAGGACUUCAAGUAGUCUGGUUGUGUAUAUCCGUCACGUGUGAGCGUGUGCGUGUAUGUUGGCAAGCUCAGUGCAGUCCUUAAUCAAACAGCAGCCUCAAACAAAUUAGGUUAAAGCCUUUUUCUGGCAACAUACAGGUAACAUGAGAAGUAGCACCUGCCUCGCACAGGUAUGUUUGUUUUGGCAUAGGUUGAAGUUGCGCCCAAAACAGCCUUACCUCAUCUCAAGAUUGUAUGUGAUUUAUUGAACAGGAAGAAACAAUGGCAGCCAGAUGUGGAGUGGAUGGAGCAGUUUGCUGGGGCAGUGAUGUAUCCAACCGACCUGACUAAGAAUUGGAAGCCACCACCAUGGAACGGUAAUAUCAAUGCACAGUCACAUGUUUAGGGCUACUAGGAAGAGAGUUGUGGGUCUUGAUUAACAACCUCAUUAACUCUUUGUGAGUUUUAGUUUAUUUUAACCAUAAAGUGUAUAUAGAAUGGACGCCAUCUGCUUCGUCGCUGGGUGAAGCCACCCUGAGAACAGCAAAAUGUACAAACAAACCACCACAAAAGUAGUCCCAAAUCCAAAAAACCUCUCGAAUUAAGUACAUCAAUGCUAGCCCAACAAAAACGGGAACAUUAAAAGAGAAAAUGAAGAAAUUUUGCAACAAAACGUGGCCACCCACAAUGCAUUGCGGCCACUCAUAGCACUGUUGGAGCGUGUCCACAAUGCAUCCCAUCCGCUCAUUAUCUUCUUAAAGUGAAGGAGAUAUGAUCUGAUAUUGUAUUGGAUCAUUACAAUAUGUCAAAUGGAGCAGCAAACUUUCGUUCUGUUUUUAUGUGUCCUAAAAAUGCACAUAUAGAGAUGUACUUGGGUACAUAAACUGUACAAUAAGCUGUCAAGGUAGAGAGCAUUAUAUUUUCGGGACAGCAAAUAUUUCGAAUCAGAGGGCUAUUGUUUUCGGCUUAUUUGAAUAGCCUGAAUGAAAUCAUUAAAAGGCACAUGCUUUUGAAUCCACCCAAUGGUAAGGAAAACUUGGAUUAUUUCGCCUUGUUAUGUACUUUCAACCGUGGAGAAAAAUCACAUAAAUAUCGAGAGCAAUUUGGCUUUAAAUUCGCAUAAUAAUGGAAGGCAGAGCCAAGUUGUCCAUAGUGUAUACAGUCUAUGAUUUAACCUUAUGGAAAUGUCUGGUUGCCAUGUCAACCUAAAAUCUGGAAAGUUAAGUUAUACUUUCAUGAAAUGCCACAUUUCAGCUGUAGCUCCUGAUUUAGCUAUUAAAUGGGAUGAAGUUUUGGUAGAUUGUUGAUGAUUUUUUUCUUUCGUCUGUUCUUAAGAUUUAAAUGUAAUCAGAACUUGACUGAAUUUGUUAUAGCUGAACAAGUCCUGUAUUGUUUCGUUUUCUCUUUACAGACAAAGAUCCUCCUGCAGAGAGGGAUGUGUCCAACCUGACCAUAAACUUUGGUCCCCAGCACCCUGCGGCUCACGGUGUGCUGCGCCUCGUCUUGGAGCUCAGCGGAGAGUCUGUCAAGAAAUGUGACCCUCACAUCGGGCUGCUCCACCGUGGCACAGAGAAACUCAUUGAGUACAAGACCUACCUCCAGGUAUUUAAGAAUUUACCACUCCUUUUUAUGCUGCAUUUCCACUAACUGGUCUGGUGAAUUGGGGCACAGUGCACAGAAAGGAGAGAUGGUACUGAAUUACACAGACAUUAAUCACUAAUUCUCCAUCACUACAACUUAUUUCUGUCAUUCAGAAAAAUAAAAGAGGAAAAAAACUACACGUGUUUUUUUUGUUGUAGUUCCAUUAUCUAGCAAUUGUACAGGGAUUAACUGACUCCACUUUCAACAAAUAAAGCCAGCCCAAGCCAUAGUUUUAUUAAAGUUUUGCUAGAUCACCAGAAAGUGGCGAAAGUUAACAUGGUUGGGAGUAGGCCUGGGCGAUUUGGAAAAAAAAAUGAUCACGAUUUAUUUUGUCAUAUCGUCCGAUCUCGAUUAUGAUCAAGAUUUUUUUUUAACUGCCAGUUUCAAAGCAUCUGUACUAAAAACUAAAAAAGCUAGAGAUUAGUUCAACAUUUUAUUAACAUACAAAAGUAAAUAAAGCAAAUUGAAUAAGAUUCACGUAGAAUAAUAUAAAAAAAAACAAAAAACAUUUUAACUAAAAUGUAGAUAAAUACUAAGUAAUACAGAGAAUUAGUUUACAGUCCUGAGUAUUUUUGCAGGUAUGCAAGACCCAAAAUAAACAAAUCGCCCCCUCAGAGAUAAUGAAGAUGCUUUAAAAUGUAAACGUAGAUGAUAUGCAUGCCUUUCAACAUUUGGGUUAUAAAAUCCGGGAGUUGUUUGUGGCGCACGCUGGGCAGGUCUGAAACACGGGAGAGUGAAAAACAGGAGUGUUGGCAGGUAUGGAUGUGAUUGAUCGCUGUUUUGGUCUGGUGUCUGCACCGCUAGUUGUGUCUAAACUGCUAAUGCUACUCGUACCGUCAGCAGUGACAGGCUGUGCAGACUCCGCCCGCAUUUUCAUGCUUCCCGUAUAAUCACUCGGGAAGAACUUCUUCAAAUGAUUAAACAGAUCUGUUGUGUUGCCGGUUUAUCGGCCUAAUUGCUCGAUGUCACUUUGGAGAGACGUUGAAUAACAUCUCAGCUAUAACAUCUUCUGAGGAGGACUCAAAGUCAUGGCUGACAUCUGUUUUGCUGCCUUCAGCUCUGCGUUUAGCUCCACGUUCAGUCAUUCUGUUCACUUCUCAUGUUUAUUUUUCCGGUAACUUACAGAAGUAAGCAGGUAAAGCUCGACUCUGAUUGGUCAUUGUGCCUGGGGUUUGCAUGUGCUGGUUUGCCAUUUAAAAAAAAAAAUUCUAUACGGCAGUAACGGCUAAUGCACCCAUCAUUAAGAAGCUGCUGUUUGUGCUCUGCUGCACAACUCCUCUCUGCCCGGUGCAACAACCACCACAACAACAGAAGUGUGCGCAUCUAUGGCUGACUGUGUCUGCAAACAGAAAGUCCACAUAUGUGCCUUUUAUAGUGGAACACAACCUGUUAUACUUCCAAUACUCCUCGUUACACGAAGACCUUUGGAAAGUGACUGAUAAGCAGAAAAAGCUCUUUAAUGUGUAUCAUGGUGGGUGGAUGAUCGGGUUAUAAGAUUCAAUCCAAAGUGUUUUUUUGCUGAUUACAUCUCUUGUCACCUCAUUUAAAAUGAUUAAUGCAUCAUCAUUUCAGUUUAUGUGUGUUUUCAAGCUUAUCAUGAAAUGCCAUCAGGUGUUCAAAACCGCGGGGGGGUUGAUAAGCGAGCAGUUAAAUUCACACAUCGUCAUCAACUGAGCAGGAAAGACAGAAUAUUUCCCAUAACUCGAGGUAACCCUGAAGUAAGCUCAGGGUUUUCUGUACUUAAACCAAACUGUAGUGAACUUAACCUGGUGGAAACUAAGUGUUCUGAAGUGUCAUAUCUUUAUCUCUGGUGGUUAUUCUUAUUAUUAUAAUUUUGGGCUGUAUUCCCCUUUAUUAACAGAGCAGGAUAAGAGAUCAAGGAAAUAUGAAGAGGAAAGUGAGGGCAAAGGCUACUGAGCUGACAGAGACCUCAAGGUUUCUGUAUGGAAGAAUGUAGGUCCCCUGGUGCUCAGGGUAUAUUCUCAGACAGGCAACCUCAGAAGUGUGACACAAGACAUGUUAUUUUUAAAAGUCCCUUAUUCAGAGAGCUUCAGUUCCUCUUCUUUUAAUGUUGCAGGCUCUGCCCUACUUCGACCGUCUGGACUAUGUUUCCAUGAUGUGCAAUGAGGAGGCUUAUUCUCUGGCUGUGGAGAAGCUGCUCAACAUCCAAGCUCCACCCCGUGCACAGUGGAUCAGAGGUAUGAGGUGGAGGUUUUCGCUAGUGUUAAUGAAAGAGGUCACGAAAUGAAAGCAUCGACGGCCAACAAAAUCCAAAAGAGCAGAACUACAUUAACAUGGCCCUUUAAUGCUGCAAAUUACUGCCCAUUUUAAUAAUAAUAAAUUUGAUUUAUAGCACGCUUUUACAGGUGCUCAAAGACGCUUUACAAAAAGACACAAUUUAAAAUACAGAUAAUUUGGAGUAAUAAAGCCAACAAUGUAAAAGGUUAAAAAAGACUCAAUAUGAAAAGACAGUCAAAGAACUUUCAUUGACUUCUGUGUGCAGUCAGAUACUUUCAAUAACUCACAUGACAUCCAGAAAGGCCAAACAUGGAGUCAAGAUGGCAGACACACUGUUCGUAUCACCAAGAUAUUAAGCUUUGACAUAAAGAAAGCUCUUAAUUAUUAUUAAUUAAUUAAUUAAUUAAUUAAUUAUUUUAGUUUGAAAUGUUGGGGGCUUUUGUUUGCAGUUCUGUACGGAGAGUUGACCCGCAUCCUGAACCACAUCAUGGCCAUCACUACACAUGCCCUGGACAUCGGUGCCAUGACCCCAUUCUUCUGGAUGUUUGAGGAAAGGGAGAAGGUCAGGACUCUUGUUUUUGUGGUGUCAAGCCAAGACACAGUCUGAUCUCUUGUUUUCAAACUUUAAUGUAAAUAUAUAUAUAUGUAAUAUCAGGUGUUUUUGUUUCAGGAUUUCUAUUUUGAUAGUUCCUCAUAACAAUCUGAAGUUUGUGAAAUACAGUGUUUUUGACAUGCAUGUCCGCCUCGUAGUUUAAUACAACAUGACUGCUAUUGACUUUGUUGCUAUUAAUACCUCUGUCAAUUCCAAUUAAGGCUGUUGUAGUAUUGACCAUAACCGUCAUUUUAUGAAAAGAGAAAUUAUUGACAUUGUGCACAUUCCAUCAAACAAGAUUGGGAACAAGAAAAAAGGAAGUAGCAGACUGCUCGCUGAAGAAGCCUUCUUCAAGAGAUGAUUCAGCAUUUUUAAAGCUGAUGUUCAAGAUUUAUUGUGAAUCCAAAAAUAACCAUCUCUUUGAGUGACUAAUCAGCUGAACAUUUACACUUUCUAACUAUUCUUUUAACUAUUUUGAUUCAGGACUUCAACUAGUGGUCUUAUGGAAAUGGAGAACUUAAAAAUUAAAGUUUGAAAAUGCAGAAGAAAGACAGAAAGACAAACAGAAAUAAAAGUAGACGCACAGUGGAUUGAUGAAUGUUCCUACCAAAGAAGUCACAGGGCUGAUUAACCAAUUAGUAAAUUUGAUUCUAUUUAGAGAUGGACAAUGACUUUUAAUUUAAUAAGUUAAUUUAAUGGAGUAAUUUUGCCUCUCAUCAGUUUGACUGAUUAUGUUGUUUUAGAGGAGGGAGUUUUAGAGAGUUUCCUUUUACAAUGUUCAUGGCCACAAUAGUGAGGUGAAAAUCUUGUAUCACGACAGCCCUAAUCUCAAUUUGCACACUUUUCUUCACUGUUAACAACAUCAAGACCCUCCUGUGAUAGAUUGUAUUGACCUUUUAUUUACUCUUUUGGUUGUAGUAAAUCUGUACUCACAUCACAGGCCUGCUUGAAGAUCUCAUGAAAUGGGAGAACCCAUUUCACUGCUUUUCCACUGUACACAGAGACUGUAAUGUAAUAACCUCAUAAACAAAACAGAGCAAUAACUCCAGAGUAGAUCUGCUGUACUGUUUAUUUCUUGGACUCUUUGUAACCGUUUCUCCUCUGUCUUCACAGAUGUUUGAAUUUUAUGAGCGAGUGUCCGGAGCCAGAAUGCACGCUGCAUAUGUCAGACCUGGUGGCGUCCAUCAGGUGAGACAAAACUACAGUUUUGUGACAGUUGUCAGAGUCUGGCCCUUUAGUUUGUGGUCGACCUAAAAGUAUUAUGAGAGAAAAGCUGCUGAUGAGUUUAAACCUGUUCCAGGAUUUGCCUCUUGGCCUGAUGGAUGACAUCUACGAAUGGUGCAAGAAUUUCUCCAUCAGGAUUGAUGAAGUAGAAGAGGUAAAAGCCUUGAUUUAGUCUCCACGAGCCUUUGAGGAGCAUUCUAGUAAAUUCAAGUCAAAGUGAAAAUGGGAUGAUCUCGUUUUGUUUCUUGCAGAUGUUGACCAACAAUCGUAUUUGGAAGAAUCGUACCGUAGAUAUUGGGGUGGUCUCUGCAGAGGAGGCUCUCAACUAUGGCUUCAGGUAACACACUCAUCAAGUUUUGACCCAAAUGAAUAUUUACUUCAGUGUUUCUGCUCAGAGAAAAUAGCUGAACCCCCUUUCUCCUUGUCUUUUAAACCAGUGGAGUGAUGCUGCGAGGGUCAGGCAUCAAGUGGGACCUGAGGAAGUCUCAGCCUUAUGACAAGUAUGACGAAGUGGAUUUUGAUGUCCCCAUUGGAAGCAACGGUGACUGCUACGACAGGUAAAAGAGAAGCAGAUACUUUUCUAUGAUCUGUGAGAUCAUUUCCUCUCAUUUUAAUCUUGACUUAUUUUAGUCAUAUAUGGGACACGUAUCUUACACGUGGGAUAUGUGUGAAGAGUGAUGUCAUGUGAAUGAUGUGUUCUCCUGAUACUGGGUGAAGAAAUGGUCCCACAAUGUCAGAAAAAUGUUCUGCUGAGUAAAAAGGUAAUCUGAAAAAAUCUGCGAACUAAAAAGACAAGACUGAAAAACCAUGUUGUACGUCCUUGAUCUUCAGUAGUACUACAUUAGGGGUGUAACGAUUCAUCUACAACAUCGAUGUAUUGAUUUAUAUUCCUAUGAUCCAACUACAUUGAUCUGUGCUCGGCAUAUUGACCUUCUUUAUGACAUAUAUUGUUUUAACAUCAUUUUAACAUGUAAUGACUGCAUCAAUACUCGGAAAUAACCCAGAAGAUCUAAGCACGGCAGACUGUACAUGGAUGUGAGUUUUUUCACUUUUAAUAAUAAAGACAUUAAGCGUUACCCGAUUCAGUCUAUUCACCCCAACAGGACUUUUAACUGCUAUCUCUGUCUGAAGGUAACAUCAAAGCAUAAAGGAACAUCGUUUAUUUCACUAAACAUGAGUAAACCUGCAAAAAUCGAAACUGUAAAAUCACAUUGCUUUUUCAAAUAUAGUAGAGGUUCAAAGGUCACUGAGUUAUGUCCAAAUUAGCAGAAAAUAGACCACAGAAAGGCAAAACAACCUAUUUUGAGCAUGUUGUUUCCUCUAGACUGAGCCCAGCUGACUGGGGCUGCACUACGCUGCUGCCACGCUCCAAACACGCAUCCUGUGUGCGAUACCCAAUGCUGCUCUACGGAGCAAAUACAGAACGUGCUCAAUACGGAUCCUGUAUGUUUUCGGCUUUACAGCAGUACUGCCCUGCUUUGUGAUAACCUGUCCCCCUCUGAUAACAUUUAGCUCAUCAUGAAAUAAGAAAUGUGACAAAGCAGACUCCCGAUUGUUUAUCAGUUUAAUCCUGUAUCGGAAAAGAAUCAAAUACUUCACUUUCAGAAGUCUGGAAACCAGUCUCUUUGGUUCAUAAAGCUGUCCCGGCUUUUUUAGAUUGAGAACUGAGCCAGAAUGUCCAACAAAGUUCAACUGCAAUAACAUUUCAAUGAUAUAAGUUACCAAGUCAUUGACAGAGCGCCAGGACAGGGCAGGUGUAGAAGAUAAGUUGGUUGGAGAUGGAGCUCUCAAAGAAGUUCAAGGGCAACAACAAUCUUCAGUCACAACAACCUUGGUCUUCAGGAGAACUUAAUGUAGUGUGCUGUGGUUGUGUGUGGGUCCUGCCACACGCUGAGUUCGCCUGAAGUUGUUAGGAGUGCCGUCCUUGUGUCCCUUUGUCCUGAGGAUUAAAAUCCGCACCAAUAAUGACACAGUCAAAGUCAGUGCAGAUCACAGAGAGCAGUUCUCUCAGGUUGUCCGAAAAGUUUGCACAGCACUUAAGCGGCUGGAAGAGCAGCACUUGAGAGGAGGACUUCAGCCGGAGAGCCUCAUAUUGGAGAGGCCAAAUUUUCCCAAAACAGCUGUUUGCAUUUAAGGAACUUAUUCAACAAAACUGAAACUCCUACGACAAUCACGUGCACUCAAGCCCCGCUGAUAAAACUGAUGUUGGGAAGAGUCAGCUCUAUAAAAACACCUGUACUGGUUUACUGGUUUGAUCGAGUUACUGUUAAGAACACAAAAUCAAGUUUGUGCUUAAGAAUAAAAUCAUUGAUAAAAAUGCCGGAGAUAUGCAGCUGAAUAAAGCAAGCUUAGGGUCUCGUGACUCACAAGGGAUGAACAUUAAAUUGGAUCAGUUUAACCAUUUCAGUGUUCCCCGUUCCUAAACAGAAUCUUUAUUUUAGAGAGGUGUCCACAGACCGAUAAGUCUGCAUUUUUUUGUACGAGUGUUUAACAGACACGCUGUUUCUGUCUUUGUGGUGCAGGUAUCUCUGCAGAGUGGAGGAGAUGAGACAGUCCCUGAGGAUCAUGCUCCAGGCCCUCAACAAGAUGCCAGAAGGAGAGAUUAAAGUGGACGAUGCCAAGGUGGCCCCACCGAAGAGGUCUGAGAUGAAGGUGAGCUUCGGUUUUAAAAUCCUGCAGACUGUGAGAUCUUAAAAAUGUUGAACCCUGUUUCAUCGGCUGGGUUCCCUCUGCGCUUUAUCUGUUUCAGCUUUUUGUAUUUCCGUAGUGUCUCUCAAUUGUCUUCACACUGUCAUCUUGAAAGAACUGUGGGGAGGGAUGGGGGUAACUUUGAUUUGGCUCCCCUUGAGGUUUCAGACCCCCUUUGGUUAACCUCAGAAAUAGAUAGUUCUAAGUCAACACUCGCGGUGAAACUCCCAGAAAGAGCUGGCAGUCUUUUUUCUGUACAUGUGUCAAUCAGAGUUUGUGUUAGCUGCUAUCUACUAGCUUUUGCUAGUUAUGCAGAAUAGUUAGUGUCAUGUAUUCCCUCAGGGUGGUGCUAUGACCAUAUAUGAAAACUAAGCAUUAAUAUGUGUUAAAGGGUGGGUCUCCAAUCAUUUCUAUAAAACAACUUCCUGUUUCAUAAGUUUGAGGAGACACCAGGGAAACAUCCUUUGGUGGAGGGGAAGCCAUUUAAAAUGUUUCAUCCCUAUCAUGUCUGCAAACACUGGCCCAGUUUGAGGCUGAUCAGAUGGAGUCCUCAGAACACACGUCAAACUCAAGGCCUGCGAUGUAAUUAUCUUUGACCCGCAUGACAAUAUCUGGUCACUAUUAGAGCUGGCCCGCAUGCGCCGCUAAUACAUUACAAAAUCCUACAAUACACUGCCAACAUGUUCGCGUGUUAAUCGAGAGACCGCGAGCGAAGUCGUCAUUAUAAAACAGUGCGGUGCAUCAGUGCUCUCUGCUGCUCUGUUCCUCCGCUCAGUUCUAAGCAAACCCACUGACGCAACACACGCAUGCGCUGUCUGCUAAAUGUUUGUAUGUGACAGAUAAUUUUAUUGAGGAGAAAUUCUUUAGAUAAAUGAAUAUAUUGUUUAUCAAUGCAACUUGGUGUGGGUAUUUUUCAGUAUCUCAAAGAGGCCUGGUUAAGUGUCUUUUUGGUAAUUCAGAAUAUGCAUUUAACUGAGUUAGAAGGCGUAAAAAACACUCCCCGGCCUGAAAAACACUCAAAAUUUAUUGUCCUCUUUUGGGGAAUUCAGAAUAUCAUCAUCCUAUUAUAACGUAAGCAGACACGAUGAAACAAAACACUAAGAAAGAUUACAUCUGGACAUGAGGGAAAAAAAGCAGCAAAAGGCUGCUACAGGACAUUUUGAUCUGUCUUACAAAGAAAUAACUUCUUGGAUGUUGUUGUCCUGUAGAAAAAUGUUGACAGUUAAAAAUGAAUUCAGGAAAGCUGCAGAAGAGCUUUUGAAAAUAAAUGCAACUGUUUUUUCUUUUUUUUAAUUUUUAAUGUUGUUGUUUUUAGGUUCAAACUGUCUUAUAAGCUUUGUCAGUUCCAGAUUCAAGUAUCGACUAGUGUGCGUCACAGAGUGGGAAACUGAGCUUUAAUGCAUGCUUCUUUUUGGCACUUUCUUUCUUACUGCUACGUUUUUUUUUUUGCCCUUUGUUGGCCUGUGGGAAAAUGUUUUUAUUAGAUAUUACAAUGGAAAGAUCCUGAUAAAGAGUGAAUAUACCUGAUUUUUAAAAUUUAUUUGAUGAUUAAUGUUGUCAUACAGUUUGGAAGCUUUGUUAAUUUCAGUUUCAAUUCUUGCAAAAAGGUCAUUUGCAAGUUCUCAAUAAACACAAACCAGUCUGGCCCUCAACUUGGACCAGUUUUUUUUUUUAUUUCAGCCCACUGUGCAUUUGAGUUUGACACCCCUGCCUUAGAAGAAUUUUAUCAAAGUAUGACACAUAGAUCACAUGAAGUAGGACAUUUUAAUCAAAGUAGCAGACUUCUUGUUGGGUUUAGAGUAUGAGUGUAAGACGACUUUUUGUUGGUCGCAGUACAGUACAAUACAAGAGCUUUAUUUAUAAAUGCAUAUUCAGUUUUGUCUGUUUAAAUAAAAGUAACCUGUAAUGAGGAUCUUUUUUUUUUAAAUGUCAAGAGGGAAUGAUAGAGGAAGUUUAGUUGAGCUUUGUGGAUGUGGAAGCCUAAAUGUAGGUCAUUAGGCGUGGAUGGCUGUUUAGAGUUCAUGUCUGGGUUUAUAAAACUCUGAUUGCAACAUGAUACAGGAACUUGCAGACGGCAUUUUAUUCCUACACUAAUGUACAGUCAAAAAACAUGCAAGUAUGUACAAGUCAUCCAUCAACCGCUUUUAGCUUAUCCAAAACGCCACCGCUAGACUCCUUACUGGUAAGAAAAAAGCACGACCACAUAACCCCAAUUUGAGUGACCCUUCACUGGCUCCCAGUCCAUUUUAAAGCCCUCAAUGGUCUUGCCCCUCUGUACCUGUCAGAGCUCCUGCAUCACCACUCCCCAGCCAGAGCCUUAAGGUCCUCUGACCAGUUGCUUUUGAGUGUCCCCAAAACCAGACUAAAGUCUAGAGGUGACAGGGCUUUUUCAGCGGUCGCUCCUAGACUCUGGAAUAGUUAACCUGGCUCUAUUAGAGCCUCACAGACUUUAGAGACUUUGAAAUCAUCCUUUAAGACCCACCUUUUCUCCCUCAUAUUUAAUAAUGAGCACACAGGAAUCACAGGCACUGUAGCUUUUAUUCUUUCACUGCCUGUAUUUUACUCCACUGUUUUUGAUUUUAUUGUUUUAUUGUCAUCUAUCUAUUUAUUUACUUUUUUAUUUAUCCUUUGUACAGCACUUUGUUUGACUGCUGUCUUCUUAAAAGUGCUUUAUAUAAAUAAACUUUGACUUGUCUUGACUUAGCCCCUCAGAAUUUACUCCCAACAUGGAGGCUUGUGGCGAGAUGUGACUUAAGCAAACAAAAAGUUCUUGAUGAACUUGAUAAAUAGAAUCAUCAUGGGUUGUGGUUGUGCUAUUAACACAGCGCUUACAGUGCUGACAAGGUCUGGCCUCAAAAUAAGACAUGCAUACUGCAAGUUGCGUAAGUUGCUAACUUUGAGCAGACAGUCUAUAUAAUCUGUGACAGUAGCUGUGUGAAGGGGACACAGAUUCCACAUACGCAGCAUUUAGUUCACUCUGUUCUGUGGUGAGAAGCUGCACUUGUAAUAUCGGACUGACUCGUCUUAAUCAUGGAAAGUGAGAAAUUUGUGAGUCCUCUCUUGCAGCAGAGGAUAAAAAAAAGUGUCCUGACACGUUUGAGUGAAUUUUCUGUCCUUACAAACACAAAUCUGUGGCUGUGAAAAAAGGAUCAAACACUCAGACUUGAAUCUUCGUCAAAACAGCUGCUUGAGUGUUAACAUGUUUCAUUUCUUGUCCCAGAUGUCCAUGGAGUCACUGAUCCACCACUUUAAACUGUACACAGAAGGCUACCAGGUCCCUCCAGGGGCCACAUACACAGCUGUGGAGGCACCCAAGGUGAGGCUGAAGUAACAUGUUCAGUGUUUGGAGGUUUUCUAAGUGAAUAAUAGGCUUAGAGGACUCCCCAUAGUUUGCUAUUAUCGUGUUAUCCUUGCAAACAACAAACCUACUUUUGUAAGUACUCAGAUGAUCCUCAGUAUACACAGGGUUUUCUAGUCCCAAUUAAUUAGGAAGGCUUUGUGAGUCUUCUGGGACUUGUCGUGAUGUAAUCUGCUUACUAAAGUGUGUAUAUGUGUGUGUGUGGCUUGCAGGGAGAGUUUGGUGUUUAUUUGGUAUCAGACGGCUCCAGCAGACCCUAUCGCUGCAAGAUCAAAGCUCCUGGAUUCGCCCACUUGGUACGCACUCCAAACUUCACAAAACACUGUGAAAUAUUAAACACACCAGCUAUCAAUUAUUCAGCUUGUUUAACAGCUUAUCCUUAAGGCUAAUUUAACUUCAUUAAGUAUAUUUUAUCAAGCACCAUAGAAACAGUUUUAACAGCGUACAUAACUCCCCCUCCCUCACAUCCUUUCCUCCUGAUCGUCUUUUGGCUCAUGGGUAAAUAAAUGUUGAACACAGUCAGUUGAGGUUGGUCCGUCGGGCUGAGAAUGUCUUUAAAGUAGCACAAACAAACUGUUAGAAUUGUACGUGCGUUGACUGGGGGCUGUAAUCUCAGUAAACUAUGAAUAUUCACUUUAAAAAUUGCUGGAGCUGCUACUAAUAAAUGUUUUCUUCUUUCUAGGCUGGUCUGGAUAAAAUGGCCAAAGGACACAUGCUCGCUGACGUUGUUGCUAUUAUUGGUAAGAAAUUUAAUUAUUCAGUCAUCCACUUUUAGAAGAUGAGUUGUCAGGGUUUUUCUAAGUUCCCCUCUCCUGAUGAUAUCUAAUUUCUGGAAUGCACAAGCUCUAUUUCCACCAAAGCAAACACACAUCCUGCAACCUCCGUGUUUCACAGUGAAGAUGCUGCAGCAGUUGAAGGUCCUGGCAAUAACAGCUUUUAAUGAUGUACAAAAAAUAGGGUAAUGGAAAUGCCAUGUCUGUGAUCAGUUCAUAAAAGCAGCCGGUGGAUCUUUGGGCUGGUUGCCACCUUCCUUGAAACUGAGAAAAUACGAAGAAGAAGCAACAGCUGCUAGCUAGCUGUAGCAGCCUUCCAGCAGAUGGUUAGAUAUUCUUCAUACAGCUGACUCAAGAUUUGUUGUGAUAUAAUAACAACUCAAGAGGUAAAGUCUCUUCCAGUCUUUCAGCAGUUUUUUUUUUCUUUUCAUGCACCUGACUUACAGUGUACUGGAAUUAGCAUAAACAUAGUUUCAAAAUAAAAGCAUGUUUUACAAUACAGGAAAUCAAGCAUUCCAGUCUUGAGACAGUAGAAAUGUCUUAACAAAAGCAUCACCAUCAAUCGUGAUUGAAGCAGACUCGAAUGUAAUUCUAUUCUGGCAGAUAAACUGAGUGGAUUUAAUCAUUUUGGCACUAUAAUGAAGUUUGUUCUCAAAACAAUUGCUGGGAUCAAAUCCUUGUUUUGUCAUUUAGAAGCUCUCUUUGAUGAAAACAAAGUCUGUUCUCUUUUCUCAACAGUGCAGCGUUGCAAAAAACUUUGGGCUUUAAAUAGGGAUGUGCGCGGUUAUUCGGAUAUUCGUGUAAACAAGGCUGUCCUUACUAUCCGUUUUGUAAAUAAUAUACGUUUAUUCUAUUUUUUUUUAAAAGAAAAGGGGAAAAAAGAGAAAAGCGAAAAAAAGCUUCUUUUUUUAAAUUACAUUUUUAGCCUCAUGUCUUAAUAAAAGUGUGCAUUUAACAUGCUAAAAUGUGUGGAUCAUUUGCGUGCGUGCGUGCGAAAAUAAACUAUCUAUCGAUCAUCAUCAUCAUCUUUCUGUCUGGCUCGCUGCUCUGGGCUCGCAGUGCUGGCCUGCAGCAUGCAUGGCAUUGUGGGUUAACUUCCUCAGAGUGAAUCAACACAUGCGAUCAGCCAGAGCGAUGUGGGUGAGAAAAAAGAGCAAAGUUUGGGAGUAUUUUGAUUUAGAUAAAGAUGGCACACAAGUGUCAUGCAGAGUGUCUAGCUAAACUAUCAUAUAAUAGCCUAGAUAGGGCGUACAUGCGGGGAGAAAGAAAAAAAAAAAAAGAAACUCUACUCUUGGAUAAAUGUUAUUCAGACUUACAGCUGUCAGAGAUGCUGAAAAUAAACGUUGUUGAACGUGAUGUGGUCUGACUCUAAACACUCUUCAUUUUGUGCUUAGGUGUGAGGCAGGCUGAUGACGCAGCAGGCUGCUUGGCUUGAGCCCAGCGGAGCUUAAUUGCUUUGAUCUUUUACGUACUUUAUGUCAUUCUCCAGCGCUAACAUAAGAUUCUGUAACAUAUUUUGAUAUUAUAAGCAUGGCUUUCAUGUACUCUUAAAAUUUAUUUCAGAUGAUAUCUGGCCAAAUAGAUCGACAUGUGCUCAAUUUGGGCUGUUUUCUGGAAGUUAAUUUUUGUGUAUUCGAAUAUUCAGUUUUAAAAUGGUCGUUUAAACGUCAGUGAAAUUGACCCUGGGAACAUCCCUAACUUUAAACUGUUAAGGUUUAGCACCUGCUUAAAGUGUGCCCGAGAAGACAAUACCUAAAUCACAAAGGGCUAGGGCUGUCAAAAUUGCUCCAAAAUGACGUUCAAAUAGUCGUUCUAAAAAUAACACAUAGGUACGAACAUAUUUAAAUAUCUUACUUACACAGCUUGUAAGCAGUUGCUUUUUUUUUUUUUUUUCCAACUCAGUAUUUUCCACUUGACUUUUUGAGUGGAGCGUCAUCGCUCCGAGUCUCCCGUCCAGCCAAAAACGUCUGCGUACAACGCUACUGCGCAGCUCUGGUUUCAAGAAGUGGAGAAAAACCCGGAAUUACAGAGAGCUUUUUGGCUUCAAAUCCGUAUACAGGCGGAAGGCGGAACCAGGCUGUCCAUCUUAUAUACAGUCUAUGGUUCUCACAUGUGUAUAGAUGAUCUGGUAGUUUUCUUUUCUUUUUUUGGAACAGUCAGUUAUGGUUAGUAGGUAGGUGUGUCACUGUCACGUGCAUGCUCAAUCAACCUGCCCACACAGUCUUACAGCCACUCUGAAGGGCUUGAUUUAAGUCCAACUCUAGCAGCUCACUUCUCCUUCACAGUUCUUUUUUUUUCUGUCUAUUGUUCCUGUCUCUCUAUACGUCUUAAUAUUGCACAACAGAGAGCUGCAGAUCAAAUUUCAUUGUAUCUGGUGCAAUGAAGAAGUUCCCUCCUGUUUUUCUUGCUAAUACAGAUACCGAUGAUGACUGUGUAGGUUAGCCUGCUAGGAGGUGCAAUGUUAUGAUGGCAGUCAAGAGUAACGUGAGUUUAACACCCCUUCUUCCUGUACUGUAAGGCCGAAAAGCUUACAGGAUUGCGCGGGUCUGAUUGCGCCAAUCAGCUGGGCUCAGUAUAGAGGAAACAACAUGCUCACAACAGGUUGUUUUGUCUUUCUGUGGUCUAUUUUCUGCUAAUUUGGACAUAAUUCAGUGACUGUUGAGCCUCUACUGUAUGUGAAAAAGCAACAUGAUUUUACAGUUUUGGUUUUUGCAGGUUUACUCAUGUUUAAUAGAAUAAACUAUGUUCCUUUAUGCUGUGCUAUUUUGACAUUUACCUUCAGACAGAGAUAGCAGUUAAAAGUCCUAUUGGGGUCCACAUGGAUCAGAGAUUGACCAUCGGAUUGUUCUGUGUUCCUGAUAAAUCCAUAAUCAGGAAGUAUUUCUCAUCUACACAAUCUAAUACACAGUCGGGAGUUCGCGUUGUAGUGCUAUUUUGAUAUACUGGAUGACAUACGCGGUUUUUGUGCUUGACUUCCUGCCUGGAAAAAUCUCCUCUGUGUGGAUUGAUGCGCAUUGGAAGCUUAGAGCAGCAAAAAUAAACUCGAUGCGUAUCUUUAGCAGUGCUGCUCUCGAUGCGACAGAGCUGAUACGUGUCUUGUAUGCUUUGCUGCAUUGAUUAUGGUACCCUAUUUGUUGCGUGACACGCAACGCUGCUGCCACGUUCCAAAUACACAUUCUGUAUGUUUAGCCUUUACUGUUUUUCUAAUCGCAUGGAUGAUUUUUUUUGAUGGAAGAACACAUGAAAACUGUUUUUUGUUUUUCUUUAUGUUUGAAGUGAGCCUAUUUUUAUGAAGCAACUCACACACUCACACACUUUUGGGCAGAUAAUUUAUAAAAAGGGUUAAAAUAUAGACUGUGUAUAGAAUGGACGCUGACUGCCUCCUCACUGGGUGAAGCCAUCCCGAGAACAGCACCCUCUAGUGACAGGCUGCAGUAGAGGUCAUGAAUCCCGCCUCCUCCAGCAAUCCCUGUGGAGCUGUGGACAAACUUUAGAAAUUAAUUACACAGAUAUACAUUUUUCUCCCUCUGCUUGCAAUGUUGACAUGUAGCUACAGUAAGACUGGUUUGUGCUCAAGUUCUCUUCUUUCUGUACAGCUCCAUUUUUAAAUAUUAUUUAGAGGUUGGUUUCAGGAAGUGGAGAAAAUUUGCGGAAAUACCAAGAGCUUUUCGGCCUUAAAUCCGUAUACUAGUGGAAGGCAGAAACAAGUUGUCCAUUGUAUAUACAGUCUAUAGGUAAAAAUUAGUGGGCCUAAUAUUGAGCCUUGGGGAAUGCCUCUUUUGUUUUAUCAUAUUAACUGUCUAUCUGCAAACAGACCUAAAAAAAACUAAACUGCACAGAACCUUGUGGCUAUAUUUGCAGUAGACUAUCAUAACCAGGAAGGUCUUUGUGAAUUUGACCUUCAGAUGGAGCAGGUAACAGAGCAAAUGAUGUACAGUUCAUGGUCUUAUUAGCAGCUGCUUGGUUGAGUUUUAAUGUCUAAAACUGAGAUUGACCCUGAUCAUCAGGCCUAAACAAAAGUGUGAUUGUGAGUUUUUGCUGAGGAUGUACUGAGUCUCUUCUUCUUCCUCUAACAGGUACACAGGACAUAGUGUUUGGCGAGGUCGACCGCUAA